GGACUGAACCCCACAAUUCAUUUAGCUAAGCAAGUUACAAUCUUGAUGAGCUAGUUACAAAAUUCAAUAUAAGUCCAAAGGUGACAAAAAUGAUAUUUAUGGUAGUUAGUGAUUGAGGUCCGUUUUCCAUGGUGGGAGGAGCAGAGUGAGGGAGCAGACGGCCUGGGAGGAGAUGGGAGACUCGCUCACAUAAUACUCACAUUUACUCCCUCUCACAGCUACAGUAUACGUGUAGCCGAGAGAGCAGGUUCCUGAGGGAUGUUUAGGAAACCCCGUGAGGAAAAGCUCAUGAAAGACCCCUGGCGAAGUCGUGAACACUGCGUGGACUGUGGGGUACUAGGGAACUGGCGGGGAAUACUUGAUGGUGGCCUGUUGUGUGCUGUGGUUGGUCAGAGAAAUGUAAUGGGGCGCACAAGUCGUGUGGUGGUUGUCGGGGGCAAGGAGACAGGAAAGACGUCCAUUCUUGAGAGAGCCAUCUUUGCAAAUACCACUGUGGAUAAGCCAUAUAUUCCAACGGUUGAGGACACAUAUGUUGGAAUUGUAGAAACUGAACGUGGAACACGGGAGAAAUUGCGCUUUUAUGACACAGCUGGCCUAGAUAGCCGCAACCGGUGCCUUCCACAACACUAUCAUUCGCUAGCUGAUGGUUACAUAAUAGUGUACUCAAUCAGUGACAACCUCUCCUUUCAACUGCUGACCGAUAUAAAAAAGGACAUUGACAGGCACAGAGAAAAGAAGGACGUACCAAUAAUUGUUUUGGGCAACAAGAGUGAUGUAGCUGCUAGCCACCGUGCAGUUGAUACAACUGUUGCAGAACGAUGGGCAGCAACCGAAAAACUACGUCUCUGGGAGGUGAAUGUUCAAGAUCGUACUCUUCUGCUGGGACCCAUCAUGAACCUAGCCUCUCGUCUUAAUCCACAACCUAGCAAAACUUCAUUCCCUCAGUUGACAAUGGGACGAAAAAACAAAGAUUAAGUUACACAGGGAGUACAUUUGGAGAGCUUCGAGACGAUCCCGAUAAUUUAGGUGCUUUAUCGUGUCUAUGUUCUCUGUAUUCCCUCCAUUUCAGCAAUCUCUCCUGCUUUGAUGGGGAAACAUAGUACCUGUAUUGAGCAGUACUCAAGACAGGACAGUAUAAGCCCCAUAUAACCCAGAUAAAUAAUAAUAGACAUAUGCUCAUUUGAUAAAUUAUUUUUACUGUAUUAUGCAUUGACUAAUGGAUUUUAGGAUAAUAAAAUAAACUUUGUCUGACUAAUUUGAUGUUAUUAUAGUACUUAUUGUUAACAAAUAUAUAAAUAUGUACACAAUCUUGCUACAAACUAUUUCGCUGUCUUUUGUAACAAGAUACAAUAGGAAUCUUUACACAGCAUGGAAUUGUUAGCUUGAUGGGGGCAACCCUGACUUGGCUUGUGCUUUGUAGGACCUAACCAGCGUGGCCCAUUUUCUUCAUUUAUAUAAUAUUCACCAAGUCAAAGAAUGCAGGCCACACUGUACCUGGAAUGAAUGCCUUACAUGGGAUAUUUGUCAGUACAAGACAAGGGAUAGUACAGUGUAGCCCCAGUUUUCUAGACUGUAGCCAGCUGGUGUUUAUUUGUAGACUCCUUGGGCAAAGGUAAAAAAUAUUUUGAAAUUACUUUAUUCUAGUAAAUUGACCCAUGUAACAUUAAUACAUGGAUUGUCAGUCUCACAUGCCGGUAGUCUGCCCCCAAACACAUCACAGAUAUAAUCUCUUGUCUCCAUUGCUUCCUCAGUUACCUAACCAAAGGUCUUGCAUCAGGCAUGUUCAAGUACUGUUAAAGUUCAUUAGUGUCUAAAACAGCACAAUCCUUGAACAUUUGUGGUGUUUAUUUUCAGUAUUUGAUAACCUGUGUAAUUCUGAGUGUGCAAGCUUGGAGCAGGUAUUUACUGAAAAUACAGAAAUUAUAGUGGCUGAGCACCAAAAAUCCCUAACCAUGAUUGUGGACCCAGCCUUCCUAGCCUCCCACUGCCAUUCUGCCCUGACUAGAUGUAUAGUAUAUUUCCUCAAGGGGGGAAACUGCAUCACUUAUUUCCCACCUGAAUAUUCUAAUGAGUUAACAUCUCUCUUAUUUUAUAUUAUCACAAAUCAGGCAUAGCUUUAAAAGCAAGAAAUGCAAUUAUGAAAUAUGACCCAGUCUAAUUUAAGAAAGUGUUAUGAACACAUUAUCAUGCAAGCCUGGGUCAUAUGUAAACACAUCGCUCUGCCCCAGUAUAAAAGGCCCUCUAGACCAUGUAGAGCAAUGUGAUGUAAACAACAUUUUCCAUACAUCCCAAGUCUGCAUGAAACUGUGAAAGAACAUGAAGUUGUAUACAAGGAAUUGGCAAACGUCUAAUAAAUAUAAACAAAAAGCUGCACACUUUGUGACUGUCACUCAGACACUUGCCAUAACGACAGCGACUGGAUACAUCAACUGAAAUAUACUAGUAAUUCACAUGCUAUGGCUCGCUGGAAUGCUCAAUACACUAGGCACUUUUAGCUUGGACUCCUUAGAGGUAAUUUUUAUAUUUUAUGAGAAACUGAAGUACCUUAAAAAAAGAAGUAUAAUAAUGUAUAUAAUUAUAUAAUACAUUUAGUUAUGAAAAUAGGCUUUAAAAUAAUGUGAACUUCAUGUAUAAAAAAAUGUCUGGAAAUUAUUUUGACCAACCGGACAGAUGAUGCAAUAUAUGAGAAUGUUGCUGGAAUAGUAAUUCCAUUUCACAUUCAAUAUUUAGUCUUAGAUUUGAAAAUAUUAAAGUGAACAACUAUAAACUCCUUUGAAGCUUCAAAAGGUUUGUUAAAAGGUGGAAACAGACAUUUUGAGCAACUGCGUACAACCUAGUCUACCAGAAAACGAGCAUAGCAGUAACUAGAAAUACUAGACUAUUGUUAUGACUAUCACUUUUUAACCUUGUUAAUGUCAAACCUUGUUUAAACUUUCAUAUUUAGCAUUUGGUAAAAUCUGAUUAAACUACUGCAGCAAAGUAUUCCCCCCUUAAGUCACAGAAUCUGAAAUGAAUCAUCAGUGUAAAUUUUAAGAAAAAACAUCCACAUUGUAUCGAAUAAUUUAAAUUUUCUUAUUAUUUAUUUUAUGUAAAUAAAUACCCCUUAAAAAUAUAAACAUAGAUGGUAGCUUAACUCUACAAAAUGUAUGAUGAGCUUUAAAAUGCAGAUGUAUCUUGUAUAAGCAAGGAUUGACUUGUCACUGUCAGAUGGUCCAUGAACAGCAAUGUUAAGAAGAACCCAAUUAUGAUGUAUAACCCUUAAGAAAUACAAUUAAAGCAUGUUUACUGUUACCUGUGCCUGAAGACAAAGGCUUUAAACUAUGGUUAAUUAAUAAACAAUUUUGUCUUAA